CAGCCAUCUCGGAUCACAUUGCCGACAUUGACCUUCCACUUAUGCUUACUUGAGCCUCAUUUCGAACAGAGGACGCGAACGGUGUGUGGCCAGGCAUCCGGAGAGCUUGCCAGUGGAGAUAGCCUGCCUGCCUACACAGUACGACGAACAGCACGAGUCCAGCUUGAGGCUUUUGUGCGGUUCAUUAGUCGGACGCAAAUUUGGCUCAUGAAAUGAGAACAACCACUCACUCCCGUCAACAAAGCCAAUGUAAUUUUGUAAAACCCUUCGACGUCCCUAUGGCGCAAUGGCCACUCAGACGACAACAGCCAUGGCAUCGUCUUUCGCGUUUCGUCCAUGCGCCCGGCGGCAGUUCGGUGCACUCCAGCAGCCCUUGUUGAGCAGAGCGCGUCUGCCGCCGUCCGGUCGGAUCGCGCGUCACAGCCUCCUCCUCGUCCUCGUCCACGGCAGGCGACUGGCCUCCUCCUGCUCCCAGAAGACACGCGGGCCGACGACUUGCCAUAAUACCUCCUCACGGCCUGGCGUCGGCGGCGGCACUCAUCAGCACGGCAGUACAGCGUCGAUGGCGUCUGCGGCCUUUUGGGCAUCCAGCGCUACAUGGCGCCGUGCCACGGUCAACACGUUUAGGUGCCUCGUCGGCUGCACGAGCGGCGACUUUUCCGCCAUGUGGUUUCUUCAGUCCUGCUACCCCGAGCUCGGCAUGGAGUGGGUGAUGGCGAUUUCGAUGGCUUCCGGCCUGUCGACAUCGAUGAUGCUGGAGACGGUGCUUUUACGGCUCGGUCGCGAUCGCCUCUCGUGGACGCUGGCGGCGAGGACCGCCGCGGGAAUGAGUCUCCUCUCCAUGAUCACCAUGGAGGCGGCAGAGAACGCCGUCGAGUACUACCUGACCGGCGGCCAGGUGUCGCUCGACUCACCAGCGUUUUGGAUCGCCGGGAUCGUCGCCAUGGUCGCGGGCUUUCUCGCACCACUGCCGUACAACUACAUGAGGCUGAGGAGAUAUGGCAAGGGCUGCCAUUGAGUGAAGCCCUCGGUUGCGGAAGAAGCGUUACGAGCCAACAAGCGGCCCUCCCACAUCGAGGGAAAAUUUGUCAAAAAGACAAGGCGAUGGAUGUACUAUAUUUACCAUACCAUGGCGGCUGCGGUCGUCCGUCUUUCCGUGUGUGCCUGACACGUCUCGUGUCUGACCCGAGCCCCAACUUUCCUUGUUGCCAAGCACGGUACAAACAGCCCCCGGAAAUGCAUCUGGGGAACCCUGUCCUGUCCUGUCAACAAGCUGGGCAUGAUGAGCUGACAAAUUGCUUGUGAUUCUGCUCGCGCUGCGGCCGGUAUAUGCCGCCGCAGCGCUCAAUGGGCCGUUCCGACAUGAUCAGCCCAUGCUUUUAACAUGCAUCGAGUCAAUGCUAC